CUCAAUAAUCAACCGCGGUCGCGUUCCGUAUGCGUAUGCUUAUCCCAAGGGUUGGCGGCCUAUAUUAAGAGCCAUGCGUGCGGGCGAUGCUGAUUUCUGAUGAUUCUCUGCUCGUACCAUAGGAGUCUGAGCUCUCGACAGUGCCAGAACCAGAUCCAAGAGGCAAGACACACUGCGCACGUCGUUGCAGAAAACCAUGAGCGCGACGAAGAGCAAGCCCGAGGAUCUCACGGCAGAGAAUCUAACUCAGCACGUCAUCAAGACUUGCACGGAGAAUGUAUCGCAUGAAAGGACCGCGGUGUUGAUCGCAGGAUUGAUCCAGCAUCUGCACGACUAUGUCAGGGAGGUCCAGCUGAGGCCUGGCGAGUGGGAGGCGGGAUGGCAAUAUCUGACCGAGACUGGACAAUUCUGCACACCGGACAGGCAGGAAAUGGUGUUGUUGUCCGAUGUGCUCGGCGUCUCCGCGCUCGUGGACACCAUCAAUUCGGCGCAGGCCAAGUCCAGCGUAGCCACCGAAUCCUCGGUCCUGGGCCCAUUCCACAACGAUGCAGAGACCCUGGAGAACGGCGGGUCGAUAGGGUCCGAAGGCGUGGUGGGCGAGCCGAUGCUGAUUCACGGGACCGUGACAUCCACCGACGGCGAGCCGAUCGAGGGAGCCACCGUCGACGUCUGGGAGACGAACGGCAAUGGCUUUUAUGACAUGCAAGACCCCAACCGAGACGGACCCGACUGUCGUGGGAUCUUCCGCACCGACAAGCAAGGGCGCUUUUAUCUCCUGGGCGUGAAAAGCGUGGAUUACAACAUUCCAGACGAAGGACCGGUGGGGAAGCUGCUCAAGAUCUUGGAUCGUAAUGUCACCCGUCCGGCGCAUGUGCACUUCCAACUCAGACAUCCUACCUACAUCGACCUCACGACCGCCCUGUAUGCCGCGGACAGUGCGCAUAUAACCACCGAUCCUGUCUUCGGAGUCAAAGCGUCGUUGGUCAAGGAGUUUCAGAGAUUCGACAAACUACCCGAGAAAGCGCUGGACUAUGACCUGCGCUAUUCUCCCGCACAACAGGACCAGGUCGCCAAGGAGGGCAUCUGGUCAUUGGAGCAUGACUUUAUACUUGUGCGCAAAUGAUGAUACACAACGAAAGGACUUGCCCUCGCGAGUCUACCCCUGGGCUGGCCUGAGCCGGGCCUCAAAUCGAACCAGGCAUCUUCUCACCGAAACUCUGCAAGGCAACCCUGAUUAGCAGGUGGCCAGCCUCGAGGGUGGGCCGCCCAUCUGACGAGGACCGGUUGAGCUCUUACCUUGGUCUUGUACUGCACCGCACCCUCUAGCGGUUUCUCCCAGGCCUGCCGCCUUUCAGCGAAACUCUCCCACUCGGGAUGGGGGACUUUCGGAUACUGUAUCAAAAUUUCCUUAUGUCAGCCGUAAUCUUCCGCAGAGACAGAGCAGGAGGUGUGUUUGCUCGUGCCCACUCAGGACGAUGCACUGGUCAAUUGGCC